GUGCCUUUUUUUCUUUUUUUUUCUUUUCCUUCAAUUCAACAUGUAAAGUCAGAUCAGGAAGUGCGGUGAUGUGACAGUAGAGAAGGAAGUGGGACCACAAUGGCACUAUGUUUGCUUCUGGGACUGGUAACAUGAGAGGGCCCCGGGUGAAGACCCCUCUGCUGCUGCUGCUGCUGCUGCUGCCGUUGCUGCUGACCACUCUGACAGGGACAGAAACACUCCCAACUGUUUCUAAUGCCACUUCAGCACUGGACAAUAAAGACCCAAAUAUACUCCAGAACGGAAGCGAACAUGGACAGCUGCGGACCCCACGGGCACAAAAAACACUCCCAACUGUUUCUAAUGUCUCUUCAGCACUGGACCCCUCCCCUACAGAAGAGGACAGUGAAGGCUCAAAUAUACUCCUGAACGAAAGCGGACACGGAGAGCUGCCGACCCCCAUCAACACAACAGACCUACACAGUAAUAGUGAAAAAGAAACAACAAAUGAGGGGGACAAUGGUUUGAGUCCCAUCAUCAUCCUGAUCCCUGUGGUUCUGGUGGUCGUAAUCAUCAGCAUGAUAGUUUGUGGAAUUUUCAUCCAUCGCAGGUGUAACCAAAAAGUGAGAGAUCAAGAGCUGGGAAAAGAGGAUCCAUAUUUGGAUGGGUCAAGUAUAGAGAAGGUGCCAAUGCCCAUGUUUGAAGAAGAUGUGCCCUCUGUGCUGGAGCUAGAAAUGGAAGAGUUGGGCCAAUGGAUGAAAAAGGAUGGUAAACCUGCAGAGGACUCUAAACUCGCAUGAAUCUAUUUGUGUUCACCUCUCUCUCCCAUGAUUUCUGCAACAAUGGAUGCUCUCCCGGCACGCAAGGACACACCGUCAACGAUGCAUUGAUGUCCCUUUGGACGUUCUGACCUUUCUACAAUAAUCCAGCAACAGGAACUAAUUAGGCUGCCGUGAAACAACAUCCCAACUCUUUCAAGACAUGUAUUGUUUCUGUCAUGCUUUGAACUGUUAAGCAGUUAUGGGUUACAAUCCAGG